AUGUGGGCUGUAUUGUUUCUUGUAGGUGCUGCAGCUGCUUCAGCUCCACUUCACAGUCACAACUUUGACGGAGAGAAGGUGUUUCGUGUAACACCACACAAUGAAGAGCAUGUAGAAUUCCUCAACACCUUGGCCAGCAACAUACAGACUGAUUUCUGGAAUCCAGAGACCAUCACACAAGUAAAACCAGAAAUGAGAGUUGAUUUCCGAGUUGAAGCAGACAAGUCCGCUGAUGUUGAGAGUCUCCUAGAACAGAGUGGAGUGGAAUAUGAAAUUCUGAUCGACAACCUGAAGAUGGUACUUGAUGCUCAGUUUGACAGCAAUGUUCGUGCUACUGGACACAAUUAUGAAAAAUACAACAACUGGGAAACGAUAGCUGCUUGGACUGCUGACAUUGCUGCUCAGAACGCAAACCUUGUCUCCCGCACUCAGAUCGGGACUACAUUUCAGGGACGGCCCAUAUACCUCCUGAAGGUGGGGAAAAGUGGUUCAAACAAAAAAGCCAUCUUUAUGGAUUGUGGUUUCCAUGCAAGAGAGUGGAUCUCCCCUGCAUUCUGCCAGUGGUUUGUGAAAGAGGCUGUUAGUACCUAUGGAAGUGAUACCCUUAUGACACGUCUUCUCAACAACUUGGAUUUCUACAUCCUGCCUGUCCUUAACAUUGAUGGCUACGUCUACACCUGGACCAGUUACCGCAUGUGGAGGAAGACACGUUCCACAAACUCUGGCAGCAGCUGCAUUGGUACUGACCCCAACAGGAAUUUUAAUGCUGGGUGGUGCAGUGUUGGUGCCUCGAAAAAACCAUGCGAUGACACUUAUUGCGGCAGCGCCCCCGAGUCUGAAAAAGAGACCAAGGCUCUGGCUGACUUUAUUCGUAAAAAUCUCUCCACUAUCAAGGCAUACUUGACUAUUCACUCCUAUUCCCAGAUGCUGCUGUUUCCUUAUUCUUAUACUUACUCCGCUCCAGAGAACUAUGCAGAGCUGAAUACCAUUUCUACGGCUGCAGUUCAAGAGUUGGCUUCAUUGUAUGGCACAAAAUAUACCUUUGGUUCAGGUGCUUCAACAAUCUAUCUUGCUGCUGGUGGCUCUGAUGACUGGGCUUAUGAUCAGGGUAUCAAGUACUCCUUCACCUUUGAGCUCCGUGAUACAGGCAGAUAUGGAUUUGCACUCCCUGAAUCUCAGAUAAAGCCAACCUCUGAAGAGACUCUGAAAGCUGUUAAAUAUAUUGCCAAUUAUGUCCUUGACCAUUUAUAUUAGAAUGGUACUAAAAAUUAUUCAAGAAAACUUGUUUCAAAUAUACUGUCCCUUCUGUUCUCUUUCCCUGAUGGCUGAUGAUUUCUGCUUUACAGGAUGCUGUUAGUUCUCCCUUACACUUGCGCUCUAGAGCCAAUGGAAAUAUCUUGGGAUUUUUCUGUUAAUCACAAAUAAAAAUGACAAUGACUCACCUACUGUUUGAAUAAUGAUAGAACAUCUGUUACUCCAGCAACUGGAUUGAAUGGAUGAAGAAGCCACCAGUGUCUAUUCUGACUGUUUGGCUAGCUAACAUGUUUUUUAAAAGCGCUUUAAUGAAACCAAAUUCAAUCAUGCGGCAUUAACUGCAAUGGAGCUGCAUGAUAGAUCUAGGAGCAGAACCUGGACCUCUCUUACUAGGCUAAUAUUAAUCAGAAGCUUUAGUAGCAGCUAGUUCCUAGGUGAAACAAGAGUGAGGGCAAAUGAAAGCCCCACAAUAAUGGAGUUGGGGGAAAACCUAAUAAUGGACUAUAUCUAACCCAUCGCUAUAUCAGAGGCAGGCUGAGAUUAAA